UUUGGAUCAGCAGAACACCGCUGUAACGCUUAGAGAUCUCUCGCACUUUCGUCUCAAUAGGCAUCGAAUUGCAGUUCUCAGAACUUCAAAUUUUUAACUCUAAAGUAGCGUAUCUAGAAAUGCCGACCAAAGCAGCCCCAACUAAAGUGACUGAAGCCAAGACGAAAAUCGAUGCGGGAGCCAAGAAAACCGACAGCAAACCGACGGUAACUUCAUCAGCGCACCCAAAGUAUGAUGUCAUGAUCAAAUCGGCCAUCUCAGAGCUAAGCGAGAAAGGCGGAUCAAGCCGACAGGCUAUUUUGAAACUGAUCACGAACAAAUAUACUCUCGGGGCUAGAGCAAAUGUCAACCUUAACAGCACAUUGAAGAAACUUCUUGAAAGUAACGAAAUCAUCCGAGCCAAGUCGAGUGCCACUGGAGCUAACGGGUCAUUCAAGUUGCCUAAAAACGUGAAAAAGGAUACAAGCAGUGAAAAGUCGUCGAAGCCAGCCGACGAUAAGGAACCUCAGCCAAAGAAAGUUAAGACUAGCAAAAUAGCAGCUAAACCGACUGCACUUUUGAGUGCCUCGAGUGCUUCAAGCGCCGACGAGUCUGGAUCUGGCGCUCCAGUUGUCAAGAAGCCAGUGAAAGCUCCAGCACCGACCAAGACCACUGAAGGUGAUGCUAAGAAGAAGAUUAAGAAGCCACGAGUGACAAUGACUCCGGCGACGAAAAGAUUCAACGGAGGAGCCACGAGGUCAAAGAAAUCGAAGUCACCUCAGAAGCCGAAAGCGAAACGAGCCGGCAAAGCUGUUUUGUGAGAAAGCCAAAGACUAUUUUAAAAACCAGUCAGCUUCGAAACUGUUUUAAUUUAGUCACUAUGCAUUAAUUUGAGGAACUGGAUGAAAUAUUUUAUAAAACUCUUGUGCUCGUAAGUUUAUGAACGUUUCAAUUUAUUUUAACGAAAA